AUGAGUAGCCGGUAUAUAUUUAAGGAAAGUAUAACACCUCUCGAAGUCAGAGAACGGAAAAUUUCAAGAGCGGGCCUCACAUCCAAUCCCUUGCAAUAGGCACACAAAAAGUGAGCUUUUCAUUGUAUCAUCUGGACAUAAGCCUUUUCCCUUCAUAUGCGUAACCAACUUCUCAGCCUCAUCAAUUUUACAUUCUUUACAAGGCCCAACCGCUAGGGUAGAGAAUGUAUCUAAAUUUUUCAAGCUUCUCCAGGGCUGACCACAUUGGAAGCGAUCUUGUGCAAUCAUUAUUCGUUUUCAAAGGACCUGUUCAAUGGCAACAAUGCACCGAUUAGUUGAUGUGACGCCUGAAACACCCAUGUGGACAUGUGAGGUUCGUGUCGCUCAUAAGUCUGCACCUAAGCAUAACACAACAACUGGGAAGAGACACCUACAUAUGUUCCUUGAGGAUAAGGAAGGCAUACGCAUCUCAGCCAUGGUAUUUGACCAUGACGUAGAGAUGUAUGAUAUGACUAUGAAGCUCAAUUCGUCUUAUCACAUCUCGAACGCUCAUGUUCGCGUACCACAGAACUCCUACAAAGUGCCAGAUAUGAGGUAUGGGUUCACAUGGGUUCUCAAUCGUAGAACAGCUAUUCAACCAUGUGAAAAUGCAAAUGAAACUGAAGUUUUUGAGACUAAAAGGGUCUCCAGAUUCAGUGACCUAUAUCAGCACAUGAAGACUGGGCGGGACAUAUCAAUGGUUGUUGUUGUAAUUGAUAAACUUCCAAGAGAAACCCAGUCGACUUCAAAUGGUGUCCGGUCUAUCAAGGAUUUCAUUGUGGUUGAUGAACUACUGAAACCAGUGCAAUUCACACUUUGGGAUGAGUUGGCGCUAACAAAGGGAGUUGAAAUCUUUGAGGAACUAACUCAAAAAAAGUAUCCUAUAGUGAGCCUAGAAGACAUUAAGGCUACCGACUUCAAAGGGAUAUCUUUGACUUCAAUGUCUCAUUCAACAAUCACUCUGAAUUCCGAUUUGCCUCGUGCUGCAGAAUUGGAGAAAUGGGCUAUUGACCACAAGUCCACCCUCGAUGCUGUGAAGGCUGGCCGCAAGUUCUUGGAUGCUGGCUUCCACCUAGCAAAUCCUGACAACGAAACAAUCACCCCAAUAGCUAAAGUCCCUGCUAUCAUUCCUCAGGGAAGGCCUAUUUGGAUCAAAGGCACAAUCACUUUGGUUUUAGAAAACUAUAGCCUCUGGUAUGUUGCUUGUAGCCAUUGUGCCAAAAUAAAAUACGCUGGUUGUGAUGCAAUAUUUCACUGCAUGAGUUGCGGUCAAGAAAAUGCUUAUGGCGUUCCAAGGGCCAAAUUACAUGUCACAAUCGAAGAUGACACAGGAUCUGUCAGUGGAAUAAUGUUUGGCUUGUGCGCUGAAAAGUUAUUGCUUAUGACAAGCAAGCAAGUCAUGUGUUGGAACAUAUUGUUUUGUUGAUGACAAACAACUAGUGUUACUUUUGGUCUAUAAGUGAUGGCAGGAAAGGAAGAUGAGUCGUGCUUUGGAACAAGCCGUAGACCUGAACCCGGAACUAUCCUACAACAGACAUAUAUGUUUUGUUGAUAACUAACCAUGCAGGUGGAACGGCGGACGGAACUAUCCUCAGGUCCAAAUGGACACUAUUAGUGUGUUGUUGACUAAACCUGCAGGUGGAACUAAUAUUGAACCAUUUCUAGCUCCGUGGAAUGGUUUGAAUUAAUAUGAUAGAAUUUAUUUGAUUAUCAAUUAAUAUGCUUUCUUUGAUAAUACCUUUUAUGUGAUAAAUUGAUAAUACCUUUUAUUAUGUGAUCACCACUUGGAAUUAAUUGAAUAGGCCACUUACUUUUUAGUAAAGAUUAUCAUAAUAAAGCAAGAAUAUUUUUAAUGCAUGACCAUCUUAGAAGUACGGUGCAUAAGUCAUUUGAAUUUCUUUCCAUGCAUAAUUAAAUAUUCACCUUAUUGAGUUGGCUUAUAUUGACUAAUGCUUUAUGAAGAGAAUCUCCACUUGCCAUGAUUGCAUGCUUUUUAAAAAGUUGGUCCUAUCUAGCUUUAUCCAUGGAAAGAAUCCCUACGUGUUAAUUGCAUGCUUGUCUAUGCUAAGCAUUUUUUGACCGUAGCAUUUUUUGCUUCUAUGUGAAUAUAUCAAUUGACCAUAGCAUGGAAAGAAUCCCCACUUGGGUAUCCUUCUAUCUUUAUUAUCAAUUGACCGUAGCAUUUUUUGCAUAUGCUAAGUGAAUAUCUUGUCUUUUACAAAUGUUGACCGAAGGCACUUUUGGUAGAGUUAUUAUAGUAGUUGUCUUACAAAUGAUUGCUUGAAUAUUUUAUUGCUACAUUAUGUUCGUUGCUUGCCUACAUGUUAAGUAAAUCAAUAUUACUUCCUUAUAUGAUGACUCGUAAAUCAUGAGCAAACUUACUCUUAAUUGAGACCGAGUAGGAGAGAGCUACUGGAAGGAAAGUAAUUCAAAUAAUAUCAAGGCAAGUCCAUUAAUCUAUCAAGCAACCAACUAAGGAAAGUGGAGCCAACGGACGUCUUGCAUGAGGCUAUAUAUAUGAUGGAAGAUCAAGAGAAGAAGGUGUGCUUAACUAGAGAAAUAUCAAGAGACAGGCUCGAGAAAAAUACGAAGCUCAAGGCACCUGAAACUGCUCACUCGGAGUUCUAGAUAGAGUUUCUUCUUUCCCUUCUUCAUAUUGUAAUGGGGUUUUGAGGAUUGGCUAAGAGUAGCCUCCUCGGGUUGGUUUGUGUGAGUGAGAGCUUUGUUGUAAAGCUGAGAGGCUCUCUACCCACAAGGUAGAGAAGCGUAACUCUUCCUAGAGAGGAUAGAGUUGGGGUGGCUCAAGGGUAGACUAGGAGAGUUUCCCUUGUAAUCAUUCAAAGGCUUUUUAGUG